CUUUCAUAUUUUUGUAUCAUCAAAGUUCACCACAGGCAACCUUUGGUUUGCUAAAUUGUCAAAUUAGCACCACCACUUUUUGGCCCGGUGUACAGUAGUAUCCUGGAGGUUUUGCAAGUCCAAAAACAUGCCUCACCCACAAAUCCAACCGUAUUCUAGCGAGUACCUUGAUGACAUUUGUAAGCUGAUAGAAAAGGACCUCAGUGAACCAUAUAGCAAAUAUGUGUACCGCUACUUUUUGCAUCAAUGGCCCCAGUACAGCUAUAUAGCCCUCCUCGAUGGCAGGCUCAUUGGUGCCAUUGUCAGCAAACAAGAUGCUAGAAAAAACAGAAUUCGUGGCUAUAUAGCUAUGCUGGCUGUUGAUAAAAAUUACAGAGGACACGGUAUCGCUACACAACUUGCGAAUGCCUCCAUACAAGCAAUGAGGGAAAACUCUGCUGACGAAAUUGUUUUGGAAACAGAAGUUGACAAUGAGGCUGCCAAAUCCUUCUAUGAACACCUUGGGUUUUCUCGGUACAAACGGUUAUACCGCUACUACUUAAACGGAAGAGAUGCGUUUCGCUACAUCUUCCUUCCCGAAAAGGCUCUGUCUAUUUCCGCCAAUAAGUGAUGUCAAAUACCUAAUCAAGUCGAUAUUAAUAUAAAUUCACUAGUGGUUGUUUUGUUCAUUAUAGCAAAGUAAAGAUUAACUAAGACAAAGCAUAGCCUGGGUCUGUUGAGGAAGACGUGACGACAGUUGAAUUCAGAACUUGGAUUUCAAAAUGCUUCUUGCUUAUGAAUUUUUAUGACAUAAAUAUAUGUUGCUUGCAGUCUAUAAGUAGGAUUCAGGACUUUUCCAAUAAAAAUGCGCUAGCAAAAUGCUAAAUAGCUAUUUCGUGUUGAGUAAUUUGUGCUUUCAUGAUACUGCUAAUGGUAAACUAAUUACUAGUUAGACUGUUUCAUUAUAAUUGGUCAAAUAAAACCAGUUGCGAAGAGCAAGUAACUACAUCUCUCGGUUUUUUGCAAUCCUCUAAUGAGAGCAACGCUCACAGUGAAACGUCAUUUAAUGAACAGUAUACAAUAUUAAUUUUAGCAUUGA